GGAGAACGCGGCGGGAUCAGGAAGCGGCCGCGCAGCGCCCUCGUCCCGAGGCUGAACAGUGAAACAGAUCUGGGACCAGCAUGGCGGAUCCUGGUGACAGCCCCCGUGUGGCACCUGGGGAGGUGACUGAGCCCCCUGGAGAUGAGAGUGGCACCUCUGGUGGGGAGGCCUUCCCCCUCUCUUCCCUGGCCAAUCUGUUUGAGGGGGAGGAAGGCUCCUCUUCGCUCUCACCGACUGAUGCUAGCCGUCCUGCUGGCCCCGGUGAUGGGCGUCCGAACCUGCGUAUGAAGUUCCAAGGUGCUUUCCGCAAGGGGGUUCCCAACCCCAUUGACCUUUUGGAGUCCACCCUGUACGAGUCCUCAGUAGUACCCGGGCCCAAGAAAGCACCCAUGGACUCCUUGUUCGACUACGGCACUUACCGUCACCACCCCAGUGACAACAGGAGGUGGAGGAGGAGGGCCAUAGAGAAGCAGCCACAGAGCCCCAAGGCUCCUGCACCCCAACCACCCCCCAUCCUCAAAGUCUUCAACCGGCCCAUCCUCUUUGACAUCGUGUCCCGGGGCUCCACUGCCGACCUGGAUGGACUGCUUUCUUUCUUACUGACCCACAAGAAGCGCCUGACUGAUGAGGAGUUCCGGGAGCCAUCCACGGGGAAGACCUGCCUGCCCAAGGCGCUGCUGAACCUGAGCAAUGGCCGCAAUGACACCAUCCCAGUAUUGCUGGACAUCGCAGAGCAGACCGGCAACAUGCGCGAGUUCAUCAACUCGCCCUUCAGGGACAUCUACUACCGAGGUCAGACUUCCCUGCAUAUCGCUAUUGAACGGCGCUGCAAACACUACGUGGAGCUGCUGGUGGCCCAGGGAGCCGACGUGCAUGCCCAGGCCCGAGGGCGCUUCUUCCAGCCCAAAGAUGAGGGUGGCUACUUCUACUUUGGGGAGCUGCCCUUGUCCCUGGCGGCCUGCACCAACCAGCCACACAUCGUCAACUACUUAACGGAGAACCCGCACAAGAAAGCAGACAUGAGGCGGCAGGACUCGCGAGGCAACACGGUGCUGCACGCAUUGGUGGCCAUCGCCGACAACACCCGCGAGAACACCAAGUUUGUCACCAAGAUGUACGACCUCUUGCUUCUCAAGUGUUCCCGCCUCUUCCCUGACAGCAACCUGGAGACCGUGCUCAACAAUGAUGGCCUUUCUCCCCUCAUGAUGGCUGCCAAGACGGGCAAGAUCGGAGUUUUUCAGCACAUUAUCCGGCGGGAGGUGACAGAUGAGGACACGCGUCACCUGUCCCGCAAGUUCAAGGACUGGGCCUACGGGCCUGUGUAUUCUUCUCUCUACGACCUGUCCUCCCUGGAUACGUGCGGGGAGGAGGUGUCCGUGCUGGAGAUCCUGGUCUACAACAGCAAGAUCGAGAACCGCCACGAGAUGCUGGCUGUGGAGCCCAUCAACGAACUGCUGAGGGACAAAUGGCGCAAGUUCGGGGCCGUGUCCUUCUACAUCAACGUGGCCUCCUACCUGAGUGCCAUGGUCAUCUUCACCCUCACGGCCUACUACCAGCCACUGGAAGGCACGCCACCCUACCCUUACCGCACCACAGUGGACUACCUGAGGCUGGCUGGUGAGAUCAUCACACUCUUCACGGGAGUUCUGUUCUUCUUCACCAGUAUCAAAGACUUGUUCAUGAAGAAAUGCCCUGGAGUGAAUUCUCUCUUCGUUGAUGGCUCCUUCCAGCUGCUCUACUUCAUCUACUCCGUGUUGGUGGUCGUCUCUGCAGCCCUCUACCUGGCUGGGAUCGAGGCCUACCUGGCUGUGAUGGUCUUUGCUCUGACUCUGGGCUGGAUGAAUGCCCUCUACUUCACCCGAGGGCUGAAGCUGACAGGCACCUACAGCAUCAUGAUCCAGAAGAUUCUCUUUAAAGAUCUCUUCCGGUUCCUGUUGGUCUACCUGCUCUUCAUGAUCGGCUAUGCUUCAGCCCUGGUCACCCUCCUGAACCCGUGCACCAACAUGAAGGUGUGUGACGAGGACCAGAGCAACUGCACGGUGCCCACAUACCCCGCGUGCCGUGACAGCGAGACCUUCAGUGCCUUCCUGCUGGACCUCUUCAAGCUCACCAUCGGCAUGGGCGACCUGGAGAUGCUGAGCAGUGCCAAGUAUCCCGUGGUCUUCAUCCUCCUGCUGGUCACAUACAUCAUCCUCACCUUCGUGCUUCUGCUAAACAUGCUGAUCGCCCUCAUGGGCGAGACGGUGGGCCAGGUGUCCAAGGAGAGCAAGCAUAUCUGGAAGCUGCAGUGGGCCACCACGAUCCUGGAUAUUGAGCGUUCCUUCCCCGUGUUCCUGAGGAAGGCAUUCCGUUCUGGAGAGAUGGUGACUGUGGGCAAGAGCUCAGAUGGCACUCCAGACCGCAGAUGGUGCUUCAGGGUGGACGAGGUGAACUGGUCUCACUGGAACCAGAACCUGGGCAUUAUUAACGAGGAUCCAGGCAAGAGUGAGGUCUACCAGUACUACGGCUUCUCACACACCGUGGGGCGCCUCCGCAGGGAUCGCUGGUCCUCAGUGGUGCCCCGCGUGGUGGAGCUGAACAAGAACACUAGCCCAGACGAGGUGGUGGUGCCCCUGGACAACCUCGGGAACCCCAACUGUGAUGGCCACCAGCAGGGUUAUACCCCCAAGUGGAGGACAGAGGAUGCUCCGCUCUAGGGGCUGUUCCCGGGCCCAGCCUUGGCCUCGCUCCUGUCUACUGUCUGCCUGCAUUUCUGCACUUGUCCCGUGUCUUCCCACACCCACUUGUGACCCCAGAGGUGAGGGCCUGUGGACACUCUGGGAGGCCCCAGGACCCUCUGGUCUCCACCAAGGCUUCUGCCCUCAGCUCUGCCCCUCCCCAUAAGGGGGAUGGGACUCCUGGCCACCUGUUCACUCCCAUGGAGUCAUCUAAGCCCCUCAGAGCCCCUCUACUUGCAGGGCUCAGCCCCCUGGUCCUCUUGUGCCUUAUUUAUUGCUCUCCUCAGGAAAAUGGCAUGCAGGACGCCACCCACAGCCGGACCCCUGCCGGGGCUGAAGCUCAUACAGGGACACUGCAGCCAA